AUGCCGCUGCCUUCCAUUCGCAGGACCCCUAUCGACGAAUUCAACCGUUCCCAGCCGCUGCUAACGCUCGCGUUCCCUACCCUCUACCCUGACGGCAAGGCCGACUUCGUGGAGCCUCGCCUACGGAGCAUCACGUACCAGGACUACCUUGGCCAUGCGAUGAGAUGGCAUGACGGACGUUUUGCCCGCCAUAAGACGUGGCCUUUCGUCGCCCUCAACACGCUGUUACAGGAAGCGAUGGCUGAGCCUGACGAGCCAGAGGCUCAGGACCUGAUCCAGUCGAUCACGCGCCAAGCCGCGGUAAUCAGGGGCACCCGGCCACCUGGCCUUUUCGUUACUGCAAAGUGGAAAGCAGCUCCUGAGGCGGCGCGCAUGGUCCUGUCCCGGCAACUACUGCGAGACAACGCCCACAUCGCCGCUUACCACUUCCAUAAGCGUUAUACGCUGUUUAGGACUACUGUCCUGAAGCAGAAGUUCAACCUAACGGACUUUUGGGGCCGUUACGAGUGGCAGGGCAGGGGUUCCAGUCACCACCACGGCCUAUAUUGGCUAAGUGGCCACCCAGACUUAGAUCCUGACAACGAUCAGUCCCGGGAGCAAUUCGCCCGCAUCUGGGGAUAUCACGUAUCUGCUGUCAACCCAGAGCCUCAGCGAAUACAGGGCGAGAGGAACGAUGGCCAGAUUAACCACUACAACCGCUUGCUUACCGUUGCGUGGCUAGCCAAUACAGAUGUUUCGCCCUGCACGAGCCUCCAGCAGGUAAUCGAUUACGCGGCCAAAUACUGCUCCAAGUCGGAAAAGAAGAGCGAGUCUUUUGCCCAGAUUGGGAAGGCUUUGAUGUCCCGGGUCAAGGACCACAACCCCCUGAUUUCCUUCACGUCAAAGCUCCUUAAUCAGCUGGUUGCUGAGCGGGAUUACUCGAAGCAGGAGGUCAGCCACUUGCUCCUCGGCCUGCCGUUACAGGAAGGCUCACGAACCUGCCUGGACCCUUCCAAGUGGAAGCAAUGGCAGCCAGGCAACGUUAACGAUGAUCAAUACGAGGCUCUGCCUGUGGAGGAAGAAUUUGAUGACGAAGACUGGAUUCGCCUCGCCGCCCUUUACCUGACAACCCUUACCCAGGAGGAUCUUGACCUACUUGGCCGCCGCGAUAUCGACGUCAAUUACGACUGGACACGGCAUGUGGGUACUUAUCCGGAACUUCGAGACGGCUACUGGAAAGACCUUAUCGCUAGCCACCCCAUGGCCAACGAUGUCGAGGUCCUUGGCCUCACUGGCGUAAUACGCUGA